AUGGACAUUAAAAAUCCAAGAAGAGCACUCGCCAUCAGUUUACAGGCUGACGAGGAGCAUCUCAGCCGCAUCAUCCACGGUAUUGCACCCAGCCCUACCUCUCUGUGGCGAAACGCGCUGAUACCCUACACCCGCGUCCACCCAGAGAGAGCCAUUUCACCAGAGUGUCGCUCUACGCACUACAUUACGGGAUCCAAACCCAUACCCACAGAAGGCUCUCUCGCUGGCAUAACGCACGACCUAGCCCUGAAAAACAAGUACUACACCACUACGGUGCCGAUAUGGCUGGACCUUCUCGCCUCGCCGUCCGAGUGGGCAUCGUCCUUCCUAUCUGCCGAAGCGGCUGAAGUCCUUGGCGUCCUCGGCGGCCUCCUUCUUGUCUUCGCCAUCCCAGAACCUACCGCGUCCACGGCUGCGCCAACGAGGCAGCUCAUCCAGCAGGUCGGCACCGUCGUGUGCGACGGCCUGGGCGGGUGGGAGUGGGACGGCGUCAAGCUGGCCAUUGGCGUGGGUAGUGCGCUGGAUGUGGACGAGUGGGAUGAGCUGUGCGCCGAGGCUGGAUUGGAGUUUGUGCAGGUUGGCGGAGGCGAGAACAAGCUACAGCAGUUUGGCGAAAAAAGUGGCAUCUCUCGGGUCAAGGAAGCUCUAGAGGCAAACGACUGGGACCUGGGCUCUGCUGAUGAGCUGCCCUCUGACGUGGAAAAGAGGAUGCAGACCUCGGAAAAAGCCCUGGACCCAGAAGACAUGGAGUUCGGACUUGGGGAGGUCGAUCUUGAGAUUUUGAAGGCGACGCUCUUCUCUAAGAAGGGCUUGGAAGACGAGGCAGAAGUACAAGAGGCAGAAGAAAAAGAGCAAGGGGAAAAACAAGGAAAAGCCAAAGAGGAGGGAACUAUUGACGACGAGGAAGUGGCCAAAGUGGAGGCCAUGAUGCGCAAGCUCCAAGCUGCGCGCGAAGCAGGUGAGACCAUGAGUGAGACGCAGCGGCGGAAACUGGCCGCCAAGGCGGUGGAGGAGGUGAUGCGAGAGCUAUAA